UCUCGUGUGUGCAAUGGAUCGUUGGAAUGGAAAGGUAGCAAUUGUGACGGGGGCGAGCUCAGGAAUCGGCGCUGCCACCGCACAGGCUCUGGUAAAGGCCGGAAUGGUUGUGGUCGGAUUGGCCCGUCGCGUGGAACGAGUUGAAGAACUGAAAAAUGAACUGGACGAAUCGCUUCGCGGUCAGUUGCAUGCCGUAAAAUGCGAUGUUAAAAAAGAGGAAGACAUACUUGAAGCGUUCAAACUUGUUAACGAGAAAUUUGGCGGCGUUGAUGUUCUUGUUAACAAUGCCGGCGUGACCCGAAGGACGACUUUGCUAAAAGCUGGAAACACUGAUCAAUUACGAGAGGUUUUGGAUACCAAUCUGAUGGGAUUAGUCCUCUGUAGCCGCGAGGCCUUUCAGUCGAUGAAAAAACGCUCGGUUGAUGGUCACAUUGUGCAUAUUAACAGUAUUUUAGGCCACCAUUUGAUCAACUAUCCAGGUUUGAAUAUUUAUCCGGCGUCCAAAUAUGGGGUUACAGCCGUAACAGAAACGAUGCGCCAGGAACUGCGCACAGAAGGAACAAAAAUUAAAGUUACGAGCAUCAGUCCUGGUGUCGUGAGAACCGAGAUGCUCCCCGAGGAUAUUGCAAAAGUUACACCGGCACUAGAGGCUGAGGAUAUAGCGAAUGCAGUUCUUUACGUUCUUGGAACGCCACCGCGUGUGCAAGUUCAUGAGCUAAUGAUUAAGCCGGUCGGCGAAAUGUUUUAAAAAAUGACUAUGAAAUUAACAUGAUUUCUUUUUGUUCAAUAAACUAAAAUAAAAUUUG